UAGGGCGCGAAAAGACAAUGCUGCCUUGCCCGGUCCACACAAUGUUGAAGAUGCGGAGUGUUCCUAGUUCCCUUGCAUUGGCUAAGCACUGACGUUUACCUACGGUAGUUGGAUGAUGUUAUUUUUGGAUUGGGAUCCUUUCCAAUAUUUACGACCCUCAAAUGAUUCAUCCAAAGGUUGGAAAAGCUUAGACACACAUUUUCAAGUGUUGAGAUGUGUUUGAGAUGUGUGACCAAGCCCAUGCGGCCCUUAGCCCUUGGAGGGAGCCUGAUCCGUUCUGUUUUCCCCAAUAAGUACCUCACGCGCUACUUCUUCUCUAAACUUCCAAUCCCUAAAAAGUCUUUGAGGAAAUUCAGGAGAAGGUAAAGACGAAGACUUGUUCUUGACUGGUAAAUUGAUAGGGGAAAGCUAUUGGAAGAAGAUUAUUGUCAUCGUUUGCAGUAGCAGAGAUAUGACAAAAGGUGUUUCGGGUGACAAAAUGGAAGCUUCCGGCGAUUCCGCUUCUCUUUUCAAAGAUACUCAGCUAGUUGGUUGGUGGAAGAAGCUCAUGGAGCUCUUAUGGUUCUGCGUCUCUAAUGUAUUUUUAAUUUAUAUUCAGGAGAUGUUCACGAAGCUGGUAAGAGAUCAGAUUGAGGGAAGGUCUGAAGUAAGUUCAAGAGCUGGUGGUGUUUCUCCUCCAUUAGCAUCUGGAUCUGGUACCACACUCAAGUUUCAGACGGUUAAAAAUGGUGUUCAAGAAAAUCUAAAUGAGGGAAGGGUCAAAAUUGGAAACAUUGGGCCAGCUAUUCCAUCUCAUCUAGCUUCAAUUCAUGCGUCGAUGGAGUUUCAGACUGCUGAGGAAGGUAUUCAACACAAUGGAAACUCUGGCGAUGUCGAGCUAUGGAAUUGGGGUUGAAGCUCAUAAAAUGCAGAGUCAUUAUCAGAGAUAGGCCCAGUUUACUGUUCUCUGUCUUGUCACUACCUACUUUGUUUUACUUUUGUAUUUUUGCUUUUUUUUUUUUUUUUAUGUACACCUCUAGCUACUUUGUUGUUGCUUCAAUUCUGACUAUUUUUUUUUUUUAAAUAGUUAUUAUGUAACUGGUUUAUUGGCU